AUGUAUAGAGGUAGAGCUGCAAGAGAAGCCCUAAAGCUUGGGGCAGGAAACGACAAAUACGCAAACUUGGAUGACGACGACGAUGAACGUAUCAACCAUAUGCUAUUCCCGCAAGCAACCAAUGUACGCGAUGCACCAGUACCACCAGCACCACCAGUACGAGCACCAGUAGUACCACCACCAGCACCACCAGCACGCUAUGGUUCGUCGCACGAACCAAUAUCACAGAAUGAGAUACCAUCCGACGGUGAAGAGGAUCGUCUUUUCUUGGAUACAUAUGACAAUACACAACGCACUCAUCCAUCUGCAUACGCAUCACAACCCAUAUCAACGACAAAAAGACCUGGUAAACGACAACGAACCGCUGUAGAACAACCAGCCACACAACAAUCAACAUCACGGCGAAAGUUCGAUCAUUUCCAAGAAGAGGCGAUUGAGGACGUGGAAGAGGAAGAAGAGGAGGAAUAUGCUGAUGUGCCACGAUCAAUGUCUUUGAAAGACAUGUACAGGAGGAUCAAUGAGCUCGAAAAGGUCAAGCAGCAUUACGAUUAUUUGGUCUCUUUACGAUUCACUGAACCUGAACGGAUUCAUAAGGCGUAUGUAGCUGCCAAGAGCAAGGAGCUUAGAGCUGCGGAUGAAUGCAUGAAGCGUAUGGAAGGGGAACUUGAACAAUUAUCAAGGGAGAAUGAGGAACUCAGGGAAAAGAUUCAGCACUCAAAGCCCAACCGUGAACUCGUGAAUCAAGUGGAUGAGCUCAAUCAAGAAUUGGCCACCAUCAGCGAAGAAAAGGAGGUGCUCAAGAAAGCAGACCAUGAGAUGAAACAGGCGAUGGAGAUGUUUAAGAACCUCAGUGGAUUGACAAUUAGUGGUGUGAGAACGAUUAUGGAAGGUGAUUUAUACACAUGCGAACAAACAGGAAAGAGAGGAACCAUUCGUUUCAAAUUGUUGCGAGAGAAGCCAGGCAACGAUGUACGUUAUAUCCCCUUAUUGGACGAGAAAAAGGAUGCACAGCUGUUGUCAUUAUUACCGGGCUUCUUGACGACCGAGAUUUUAUUUCAAAGCGACAAAGUGUAUGCCUUUUAUUCAAAAUUACGAAAUGCAUUGGAUACUUUGAAGACUACGUAA